AUGUCGCGCGAUCCGCCAGGGGAAGGGGGUGAGUCGUCGCCCGUCUGUGCCGACAUGAGUAUAGAUAAGUUUUCUAUUCUAACUCCAGAGAAGCAAACCUUCAAGAAGAAAGACCAAUCCAAAGUGGACGGCUUUCUUGACAGGAUGCGCCAAAGGAUUCAUUGCACCUUUUGUGGUGGCGCGAAGUGCAAGCACGAGAAUUGGGAAUCCUUGAAGGAGAAGCGAUACAAGACGGCAAUCGAGGGACUGAUAUCAAGUUGGGUGGGAGACGAUGUAAUUGCAAGCCAAAGGCCGUCAACAUCUCUCUUCAGAAAGUAUUCGCUUAUUGAGCAGUUUCGAGAAAAACGAAUCACCGGUGUGUUAAAUUUGCAGGAGAAAGGUGAACACGCGAGUUGCGGUCCCGACGGUAUCUACGCAUCGACAGGAUAUAGCUACAGCGGUGAGCAAGACCUUAUGAGGCACCAGAUUAGUUACUACGAAUUCCCUUGGCCUGAUAUGACGGCCCCGAAACAGGACAUUGUACUACGUAGUGUCCAAGUAAUGGAUUCUCAUGUUAAGAAAUCGGGGAAGGUGCUGGUCCAUUGCCACGCCGGUUUGGGUCGCACCGGUCUGAUGAUAGCUUGCUAUCUGCUUUAUGCACAGAAGAUGCCAAGCGCGGAUGUAAUCGAACUCGUACGGCAAAUGCGGCCGGGUGCGAUACAAACGUCGAGGCAGGUGAAAUUUAUACACGACUUUGAGUCGCACCUGUGGAGGCUCUCACACACGUUUCGUGUUGAGGUAUCUGAAUCCGCUUUAGAUAUUGAUUUGUUCUUGAAAAAGCAGCGGCUGCUCCUGCAUGGAGACCAUGCAGAUUCUUAUCGUUUUAUCCCGAUGACAAUCCACCUUAUUUUGUGUCAGUUGUUAAACCUCACAAAGGCGAAUCCUUCUAACUCGGAGCUGUCCGUUAAAUCUCUUGGCUCUGGCAGACUACCGGAAGGAUCAGCAUUAAAUGACGUACGACGCUCCAUCAACCGACGUACUUUUGAUGCAACAUCGGUGAAUGAUGUCAAGCUUCUUAGUUACUUAGUGUGGGAUUGGUUCAAGUCCCUCUCAUUCCCGGUCUUAACACCUGAUGAAGCUUCCGCAAUCGUUGCCUACAUGCGCCAACCACCCGGGGAGCGGAUCGCACUGCCAACGUUUAUAAGGACAACCUUGAGGUUGUCCGUUGUUCAGACACUCGGGAUGGUCUUGUCAGCAUAUCACAUCAUUUGUCUUAACAUAAAGGAAUCUCUGAAAGUGAGGGCACUACGAUGCCUCACGGACUCAUUCACCACCGUGCGUGAUGGUGUCACAGUAAGAGGAGAGCCAGGAACGUUUGGACUUCUUUAUGAAUUCUUUGUAGACUGGGCUAGGUUGGAUCAAGGUGGAUGCUUUGAUCUUGGCGGAGCUGGCUACCAAGACCAUACAAUUAGUGGGAUCGCGGAAGAGUCUGCAGAUGUGCUCUGA